AUGGUAUUGGAAAGCACUAUGGUUUGUGGGGACAAUAGUGAGUAUAUGUGGAAUGGGUACGUCUUACCUACCCGGCUGCAGGAUGCUGUCAACAUAGUGUGUCACUUGAAAUCCCACAACAACCCGGAAAAUAAUGUGGACCUUAUCACAGUCAGUGACUGUGAAGUGCUGACCAUGCUCACCCCCAACACCGGCCACGUCCUCUCCAAGCUCCACAUGUCCAGUCCAGGGCAAGAUCACUUUUGCACUGGCAUCCUUGUGGCCCACUUGGCACUGAAGCACCAGCAGGGCAAGAACCACAAGGUGUGCAUCAUCGCCUUCGUGGGGAGCCCCAUGGAGGACAGCGAAAAGGAUCUGGUGAAAUUGGCUAAAUGCCUCAAAAAGGAGAAAGUAAAUGUUGACAUCAUCAACUUUGGGGAAGAGGAGGUGAACAUGGAAGAGUGAACUGCCUUUGUAAACACUUUGAAUGGCAAAGAUGGAAGCAUUUCUCAUCUGGUGACAGUUCCUCCUGACCCCAGCUUGGCUGAUACUCUCAUCAGCUCUCUGAUUCUGGCUGGCGAGGGUGGUGCCAUGCUGGGUCUUGGUGCCAGUGACUUUGAAUUUGGAGUGGAUCCCAGUGCUGGUCCUGAGUUGACUCUGGCCCUUUGUUUCUCCAUGGAGGAGCAGCAGCAGUGGCGGGAGAAGACUCAGCAGGCAGCAGCUGCCUCUGCUGCUGAAACUGGGAUAGCUGCAGCUGGGGCUGAAGGUGAACGAGGCCUAGACAAUGCCCUGUUGAAGACGACCAUCAGCCAGCAGGAGUUUAGCUACAUGAGGCUCCCUGAACUGAGCAGUAUGACUGAGGCAGAGCAGAGUGCCUAGACCAUAGGGAUGUCCCUGUAGGGAGCAGAGUCUGGCCAGGCAGAAUCAGCAGAUCUUGAUGCCAGCUCAGCCAUGGACACAUCUGAGCCAACCAAGGGGUAGGAUGAUUAUGACAUGAGGCAGGACCUGGAGUUCCUUCAGAGUGUCCUAGAGAAACUUCUGGUUGUGGAUCCCAACAACAAAGUCAUUCAAAAUGCCAUGGGCUCUCUGGCCUCCCAGAUCAUGAAGGAUGGCAAGAAAGACAAGAAGGAGGAGUACAAGAAGUGA